UGUCAAUGUCAUGGGUCGAUGCCGAAUGAACUGUCAGUUGGUUUUUGUGAACUUUUUGUGAAAAAGUGCAAAUUAACUUGAAGAAAACUGUGUUUUUGUUGUAUAUGCUGAUUUGCUGCAAUCAUUUCUAAAAAUGGGGGCGGACACUAAAAAAAUCUUUGGUCAUUUCCUUUAAUUUGUCUUUUAUUUUUUUCAAUAAAUAGUUAUUUCAUGUUUAGAAUUAGUAUUAGGAAACAAGUUUUUUCAUUGUAUAAAUAAUUGAUUCUUAAAUUUCUAUUAUUUAUAAUAUGGAAAUAUUGUAAUUUUCUACUAUAACUUUGAACUAGGUUAAAUUUUAGUAUUGUAUUGUAGAUUUGAUAGGAUACUUUCUUAAAAAUGAGUAUUCAAGUGUGUAGGGAUCCUUGCGACGCUGUGGCUUUGUAUUUGCCUCAGCGUCUUUAUUUAAAAUCUUUCGCAAAGCUUAAUAUUUCUGUUCAGCUCCCCACCCACAAGGUACACGGCAAAUCAAUCUCCAAUUGGGAAUUAAUGGAAAAGUUGAGGAAGAUGAUCCAACCUGACUCCUUUUCCCUGUUAAAAGUGACGAAGCACAGUUCUGAAGUUAUACGAUUCGAAGCAGAGUUGGAAAAUCGGGAGAAACUAGACAGAGUGUUAUCAAGACUUGAAGAUCGUAUCGUACAACUAAAUGAUUAUCCGGAUCCUCUGAAGGUGAAAGUUACCGAAGCGAAAUCGGAUUUUCCUAGUCGGCAUGCAUGGGACUCGUUUUUUCGUGAUGCCACUGACAUGGAUGAGAUGAAACCAGGUGAGAGGCCUGAUACAGUGCACAUAGCUAACUUGCCAAUUCGCUGGUUUGUACAUGAAAGAGAUCUAAAUGAGGACUCUCCCCCAUCAGAAAAUCUCUGCAAGAAAGUGUUUGAGAAGUUUGGUUCAAUAAGGCAAGUAGAUGUACCAGCUGCUGACCCUUUCAGGAUGCAGAUGAAGUCUUCCAUGAGGGGUAUAACUACACCCCCUCAAGAUGCUCAGUUAUAUUUUGAAGCAUACAUACAAUUCAGUGAAUAUGUAAGCUUUGUUCGUUGUAUGGACGCAUUGCGAGGCCGAAAGUUAUUAAGGAAGAGAGAUGACAUAGCUGAGUGGUGCACCUUACAAAUUGAUUUUGAUAAAACUAAACAUAUGACUGAUGCGGCAGUGAAACGCAGAGCUAUCGUACGUGAGAGACUGGUAGCUCGACAAAAAGCUAAAGAAGAAGAGGAGAGGCAGGAAAAGGAGAGGGUUUCCAAGCGAGAAGCCAAAGAGAGGCAAAAAUAUGAGCGUACUGAGCUUGAAAAGCUAGAAAAGAUGAGAGAAAGAGAAGAGAAACGAAAAAAGAAACAACUGGCCAAGCUGAUGGAGAGAGAUGAAGUAGAUCUGAAUAGCCGAGUUGCUGAUGAGAGAAGAAAGCUUUUGAAAGAACAGAAAAAACUGCAGGCUAUAAGACUGCUGGAAGAAUUGUUCAAGAGGAUUGAGUUGCGACCUGACUUGCGGCGCAUCGGUCACAAGCCGGAGCGCUACUACACGGCGGGAGAGCGCAGUGCGAGAGCUCGUAUCGUUGACCGCAUGAAGAAACAACAAGAGGAUGCGCUUGAAGCACAGAGGAACCAUCUCAAGAGCGCGUUAGAUGGUCGCAUAGUGAUUCGUUCGGCGUUAGAAACAAAGAAGCCGAGACGCAAUUCUUCUGUCAGCUCCGAUUCGUCUAUAGAAGAGGAGAGACAGAAGAGAAUCAAGACAGAGAGGCUGACCACGCCAGAGAGGGAGAUUCAGUAUAAAGGAAUGUACGGGAUGCCAGCGUACGGGUUCGGUUAUCCGUUCGCGCCGGUGCCGCACUUCGCCUACCAUCCGCAAACUUACUUGCCGAUGCGUGGCGCCUGCUACCCACCCCCGCUGGAGUACAGCCGGCGCCCACGCGGCCGGGGACGCGGCCGGGGCCGGGGCCGCGCCCUCUACCGGGUCACUGACCCCAACUACUGCCACAACAAUUACAGCAGAACAGCGAACGAGCACGACUACGAGCGUGGCCGGACGAAGUCCCGUUCGCGUUCGCGUUCUCGUUCGCGGCGCCGCUCGUACUCGCGCUCGCGGUCGCGGUCGCGGUCGCGACGGCGUUCGCGAACACGCUCGCGUUCGCGGUCACGUUCGCGGCGAUCCAGGAGUCGGUCCAGGAGGCGUUCCACUUCUAGGGGCAGAAGAUCUAGCAGAUCCCGUUCUCGAUCCCGGAAGCGCGGGCGGUCCAAGUCCCGGAGCCGGUCCCGCAGUAAGAGCAAGGCCGGGACUCCUGUACGGACGGCCAGCAAACAAGGUUCCCCUUUACGCCGUGCCAGAACCAAGAGCUGGUCCCUGCCGAAGGAAUCCGAGAAAGCAUGGUCUAAAAGUCCAACCAAACAAAAUACGUCCCAAUAAGCUUAUGAGUCAACAUUUGUUAAAACCGUUAGCCCAGACAAGCAAAACUCGUCUCAAUAAAUAUCUUAUAUUUAUAA